AUGAGAGGAGUAAAGUGGUUUUGGGAUUCUUCAGGUAUAAUGGUGCUUUGGAUGUUUUGUUGGGCCUUUUCUCUGGUUCUGGGUGCUCCCAGUAGUUUUAAAGAUUUGCCAAGAUUGUGGAGCAACAGUGUGCUGUAUUGUGGAAGGGAAAGCUUGCAGUUCCUCUUACCUGCAAAUCAUACAGAGAUAAUUCCCUUUCUUACUGUUGUAGAUUCAGAAGGCCAGUUUCAUCCUCUUGACAGAUCUGCUUGUAUCUCCAUCUCUCGAAAACCAGAAGGCUCUACCUUGGUCACUGUUCCUUUUGCUGGAUGUUUCUUUAUCAAAACGAAUGGCAACUUCUUAAUGACUCUCAGGAUUGAAAGACGGGAAACUGUUAGUAAAGUUCUUUUUUAUGAAGAGGACCUGAAAUGCCCAAUCCAUUUGCCAGAUGCUCCAAGCAACAAUGUGUGCCAGGGAGUACAGAGACAAGACCGUCUUCCUUGUGCCACUCAACCUGUGUCUCGGGGAGAAUGUGAAGACAGAGGCUGCUGUUAUACCCCUGGUGAUCUUCAUGCUCCUUGUUACUAUGGCAAUACAGUGACUGCACACUGCACACCAGAUGGCCGCUUCUCAAUUGCAGUAUCUAGAGAUGUGACUCUGCCAUCAUUAAUUCUGGACUCAGUGCAUCUUCUCAGUGGACAUGGUAGUGGUUGUGAUCCAGUGACAAAGAAUGGUGCCUUUGUCCUCUACAAUUUCCCACUCUCUUCCUGUGGAACCACUUUUCAAGGAGCUGAAGAUCAGGGCAUAUAUGCAAAUGAGCUGGCAGCACACCAGGAUGUCCAGAACUGGAACACUGGAUUAAUCACAUGAGUUAGCACCUUCAGGCUGCAUGUCAGCUGCAGGUAUUCAACAGGGAGCUUCCUCCCACAAGUACAAGUCUUCACCUUGCCACCUCCACCUCCAAUCACUCACUUUGGCCCACUCAGUCUAGAGCUAAGAAUUGCCGCUGACCAGAAGUACAGCCAAUACUAUGCUAAUAGGGAUUACCCUGUAGCUAAGCUACUGAAGGAUCCAGUUUUUGUGGAAGUAAGGAUCCUGCAAUGAACCGACCCAAACAUUGUAUUGGUUCUCCAUGAGUGCUGGGCCACACAAAGUACAAACCCGCUGCAGUGGCCACAGUGGCCCAUCUUGGUGAACAGGUGUCCAUAUGGAGGUGACAACUACCAGACUCGGUUCGUCCUUAUAAGAGCAGUUGCAGGACUACAGUUUCCAUCUCACUACCAACGCUUUGUUGUCAACACUUUCACCUUUGUGGACUCUGUUUCGCAGCAGGCACUUACUGGACCAGUUUACUUCCACUGCAGUGCUGCUGCCUGUGUCCCAUCAACAAUGGAAUCCUGCAUGGCUCCCUGUCCUGGGAUCAGAGCCAAGAGAACACCUAAGAACUGAGCCCUACAGGGCACUCCAAGAAGCCUAGUGACAGCAGAGGGACCUGUGGACUUCCAUAUGAGUAAUGAACAAGAUGUUGCUGAGCAGAAAGGUUCCCAUUGGGCUAGUCCAAUCUUGUCAAAGGAAUGGGAGAGAGCCCUUGUAGUUGCAGUGGGAGCUGUCUUCGUCAUGUUGGCUCUUAUAGGGUUAAGAAAAUACUGGAAAAGACCAAAAUGUGAACAGACAAACAUUCUUUAA